AUGGCAACUGAUGCUUUGCUUGGAAUUCUCAUUGGAAACUUGAACACUUUUGUCAAGAAUGAGAUUGCAGCACUUUCUGGUGUUGACUCACUGAUCCAAGAGCUGUCUGAUAAUCUCGAGGCAAUCCGUGCAUUGUUCCAAGAUGCUACAGAGGAGCAAUUCAAAAGCCAUGCCAUAAAGGACUGGCUGAAAAAGCUUUCCGAUGCCAUGCACGUGUUGGAAGAUAUCUUGGAAGAUUGUUCAAGGGAAUCCAACCGACUUCAAAGUGAAGGGUGGUUAGCCCGCUUCCAACCCAAGACUAUUUUGUUUCGUCAUGCUAUCAGCAAGAGGAUGAAAGACAUGGUCAAGAGGUUCCAGCGUAUUGAUGAUGAUAGGAGAAGGUUUCAGCUGCCUUUGGGAGUCAGACAGAGGCAACAAGAAGAUGAUGAUCUGAGGCUAACUGGUUCUGCCAUCCCUGAGCACCAGAUGUAUGGAAGAUUUUCAUUUGAAGCCAUCAUCACGAGAUCAUUUUUUCAAGAAGUAUCGAUUGACAAGUAUGGAAACACCACCUUCAAGAUCCAUGACUUAUUCCUUGAUCUUGCCCGCUCCAUAGUGGGAGAAGAGUAUAAAGCUUAUGGUGAGUCUGCAAGCUUGACCAAUUUGUCAAGAAGGGUCCACCAUGUAAGUUACUCUGGCUUGCCCGAGUUAAAUCAGAAUACCUUGAAGAAUAUUGAGUCCUUGAGAACUUUUAUUGAUCUUGAUCCAGCAAUUAGCAAUCCCCUCAUUAGAUAUUCAGCAUUGGUUUUGCGUAAAGUGCAGUUAUGUAAUUCUCUCCGAGCAUUGCGUACAAGAUCUUCUGAACUCUCAGUACUGAAAAGUUUAACACAUUUGAGUUGUCACGAAGGAUGCCAACUCAGCUUUCCGGUAGCGCCAGGUGGACAAAAUGUGCCGGAAGGACAAGUCUGA